AUGGUCAGCAUUCAAACACUGCUCGAUGCCGAGAAAGAAGCUCAAAAGAUCGUUCAGAAAGACCGAACAAAGAGAGUAAAGGACGCAAAGACAGAAGCACAGAAAGAGAUAGAAGAGUAUCGGAACAAGAAAGAAGACGAGUUCAAGAAGUUCGAGUCCGAGCAAUCAAGUGGAAACAAGAAAGCCCAAGACGACGCCGGCAAGGAUGCGGAUGUCAAAGUGAAGGAGAUCGACGCCGCUGGAAAGAAAUCUGGGAGCAAAGUGGUGGAUGAUUUAAUCAAGGCAGUUACAACGCCCAAACCCGAGGUUCCUGAUAAGGUGUCAAAGGAGGAAUAA